GGGUGAGGAGUGCAGGCCGUGGCGCCGCAGGCUGUCUUCGUCGACCAUGUCGCUCUCGUGGUCUGCCGCCCUCAGGAUCUCCCUCCUCCUCAUCCUCCUCGCCGCCAUCGUCACCGCCUUCCUCACCCUCCCCGUCGAAAAGAUUUUGAAGGACUUUCUGUUAUGGAUCAAACAAAGCGUGGGCCCAUGGGGUCCUCUUGUGCUGGCUGUUGCGUAUAUUCCCUUAACGGUGCUAGCUGUUCCAGCAUCAGUUUUAACACUUGGAGGUGGUUAUCUCUUUGGUUUGCCUAUCGGCUUUAUUGCUGACUCUAUUGGAGCAACAAUUGGUGCAACAGCUGCUUUUCUCCUUGGUAGAACGAUUGGGCGGCAGUAUGUUAUCUCCAAAUUGAAGGAUUACCCAAAAUUUCAGGCAGUUGCUAUUGCAAUUCAGAGAUCUGGUUUCAAGAUUGUGUUGCUGCUUAGGCUUGUUCCGCUACUUCCGUUCAAUAUGCUAAAUUACCUGCUCUCUGUUACUCCUGUUGGCAUUGGAGAAUACAUGUUGGCAUCUUGGCUUGGGAUGAUGCCAAUCACUCUUGCAUUAGUAUAUGUUGGAACAACUUUAAAGGAUCUGGCUGAUGUGACUCAUGGAUGGAGUGAGAUUUCGACCACCCGCUUGGUGCUCAUAAUAUCGGGCUUUAUAGUAUCUGUGAUCCUGGUGGUAAUUGUGACGAAAGUCGCAAAGGCUUCUUUAGAUAAAGCAUUGGCUGAGAACCCAGAUGUCGGUAGCGUCUUAGUCACCCCUCAACUACCUGUCACCGUGACGGCUCCUCCGUCGGAUCUACACCAACCUCUCGUCAUCAAGAUCGACCCUUCGAACGACGAUCACGAGAAGUGAAUCCAUUAUUUAACAUGUAAAUUCUUGUCUUUUUUUUUUUUUAAUAUAAUUUUAGCAUCAUAUGAGUUUCACAAUAGGGUUAGUAGCUCACUUUGUAUGCAUAAUUCUGUUGUUGAGGUGGCUAGAAUAUCUCCCUUGCCAACUACACUACCUCAUGCUCAGAUGUUAGUUGUUUCUUGUUAUUUUUUAUUUUACAGGCAAGUUGAACGCACAGAUUAAAUGAUAUUCUGGUUUAUUUGUCUAACCUGGCAUUAUUGAAGGAAAUUUAUUUUUUUUUCCUCC